GCGACAAACAAGUUGUCACGUGUUUUAAUACGGAAGUUCCAGCGGUGUGUUUGUUUGAGCACAAAUCAAGAUGGCAGCGCACCCGGGUGGAGGAGGACAGGGCGACUCCAAAGAGCAGAUCCUGGAACUAGGGGUUGUCUUGUUAAAAGAUUUCAUUUACGAGCGAGUCCGCCGGCAUGGAGACAAAAGCGCCCUGGUGACCCGGGACCAGCUGGGUGGAGGCGAGAUAUGCGAUACCAACCACAAGAGGCUUGGCCAGUGCCUACAGAAGAUUGGAGACGAGCUGGAUGGCAAUGUGGAGCUCCAACAGAUGAUCAACUCCCCCUCACUGAGACCCACCAAGGAGGUGUUUGUGAAAGUGGCUGUUGAGAUCUUCUCUGACGGAAAGUUCAGCUGGGGCCGAGUUGUCACUCUCUUUUACUUGGCCUGUCGACUAGUCAUCAAAGCGCUCUUGACUCAAGUUCCUGACGUCAUCAGAACCAUCAUCAACUGUACCAUCGACUACCUCCGUGAACACUUUCUCAACUGGAUCUGGGAGCAAGGAGGCUGGGAGAGCGUUGGCUCCUACUUUGGCACUCCGACGUGGCAACUGGUGGCUGUGUUCAUGGCAGGGGUCAUCACCACGAUAAUCGUGACUCGUAAAAUGUGAGGAGCACACUCGUUGGGGCCAAGGAGAACAAAGAACUUGCAUGAGGAUUUGAACUUUUUGUAAGGACCGUGGCGCUGCUGUAAACCCCUCCCUAACCCUUCUCUACCCCCCCUAUCCCCGUGUCAUGUGGGCCGUAUGCACUAAAGGUUGUUUGGGGGUUACAAACACACACACACUAGGGCACACACCUGAGCGAUGGAAUGCAUUUUAAGUAAUUUAUUUAAUACUUUUUUUGGUACCGAAAGAAAAAACAAACACUACUUUUGUUUUCUGCUGUCAUUUGGAGGAUGUUUUACCUCCUUCAUUUUAUUCAGAUAAGAAUGCACAUUGAAAAAUCAUGAGGAAGAUGCAAUCAACAUGUUCGAUUAUUGGCUUCUUACUUUACAUAGAAAAAUAGCAAUCCUUAAUUGUCAUUAAGAUUAAAGGAAAAAAAAAGAGAGACCGUGGUAGCCGUUUCUGUCCUGUUUUUGUUUGACUCCCGUAUCCAAAGCAAUAUGUCGGCAAGUCACAUGGUAAAUAGAGCAGUUCUUUUGUCUCCUAAAAUGCAGUCUGCUUAUGUAAUGUUUAGUCAUACUCUGGACCAGUUUUUGUAAUAAACUGCGCGUGCGGUCACUAAACAGACACAAACAGAAAAGUUGAGUGUACAGUGACCCCUCGUUAUAUCGCGGCUUCAGUGCAUCGCAGAUUUUUUCAAACUUAUUGAUUAAAAAAAUAAAAAUUAAGUCUGCAAACAGUCCAGGAGAAGCAGCAAAAGUCAAGAAAGCAACAGCGAGGUCACACAGAGCAACAUAUUCAGUUCUACAUGUACAGUAUAUGUUUACUGUAUGUUAUUCAUACACUAACCAAACGUCUACAUGUUCAAAUCUAUUAGUAUACAGCAUUAAGUGAUGUUAAUUACAACAAAAUUUACUUUGUGCAUGUAUACCAUUAAAUUUGGCCUUAUAAAUAUUUUUUAUACUCAUACACAUGUACAUUGGUUUUGGUCCCGAUUAAUCGCGAUAAACGAGGGAUUACUGUACCUCACCUGUUUCAAAAGUGUAGUACUGUUUUAGUUUUGAGACUCAUUCAAUAUUGAGUUUUGUAUGCACAGCAAAAAAAAAUUACAUUUAUUUGUCAGUGCCUUGGUCUUGUUUCUUUGUUUUUAUACUGACAUUUUCACUUUUUUCUAUCACAUUUCUAAAAGUUUCAAGUCAAGCUCUGGAAAAAAAACCCAAUCACUUUGUAAUGAGUUUUUAUGUUGUAAUAUGGAUAUUAAAUAUUAACUCUUA